AUGGGGAAGGAAGAAACCGAGGGAUAUGUCUCCCAAACUGUCGCGCCAGAUGCUGGCCUAACACCGGCAGUCACAUCGCCGGUCGAGGCGUCCAUCACGGAGAAGGGUGAUGCGGCGCUGGAAAUCCUCCGUGCAAGCGGUGGAUUGCAGCAACCUCUGGAUCGCGAGCGCUCCAGACGCCUUCUCCGCCGAAUCGACUAUCAUGUCAUGCCCUUGAUCUGCUUGGUUUACUUCCUACAGUACCUCGACAAGAUCGCCAUCUCCUAUGCGAGCGUGACAGGUCUCAAGCAGAGUGCGCACCUGGAAGGCAAUCAAUUCAACUGGGUCGCCUCUAUCUUCUUCUUUGGUCAGCUGGCGUUCGAAUUCCCUACCAUCAGGCUUCUCCAAGUCUUCCCUCUGGCCAAAUAUGUCAGCGUGAAUGUGACCAUCUGGGGAAUCGUUCUCGCGUCAUUCUCGGCUUGCAAAAGCUACGGCAGCCUCCUGGCAUGUCGCUUCCUGUUGGGCAUGGCAGAAGCCGCCAUUGUACCAGCCUGGGUCGUGUUCACCAGUCAAUGGUAUCGCAAGGAGGAGCAAGCAUUCCGAGUUGGCAUCUGGUUCAGCUUCUGUGGUUGGGCGCAGCUGCUGGGCGGUUGUUUCGCAUACGGCGUUGCUACCCACGUGGGUGGAGACGUGCAUGCCUCCUUGAAGGGUUGGCAGGUCAUCUUCUUGGUCCUCGGGCUUUUCACGGUCGUGGUCGGCAUCUUAUUCUGGUUUCUGUUGCCAGAUUCCCCGGCAGCCGCCCGCUUUCUAUCCCCGGAAGAAAAGAUUGAACACAUUGAGCGCCUUCGAAGCAACGAGCAAGGCAUCGGCAGCCAAACAUUCAAAUGGGAUCAGUUCAGAGAAGCCUUUACCGACAUUAAUACCUGGCUGUACGCGUUUUGGAUUUUCGCGGCAAACAUCCCCAACAGCAUAGCAACCAGCUUCGGAAACGUCCUCGUCACAGGCCUAGGGUAUACCGCCACGCAGUCUCUUCUGCUGGUGACGCCCCUGGGGGCAUAUGAGAUUGUGGUGCUUGUGGGAGUGACCUACAUUGCCAUGAAGACUCAGCAACGUCUCUACUGCUGUAUCGCCACCCACAUUCCUUCUUUUGUCGGCGCGAUCCUCAUGGCUGCGACCAACAAGGCAGCGGCCCUAGUUGGGUAUUAUCUCAGUGGUGGCAUUCCCAUCGGCUGGACCACGAUUCUCGGUCUGCAGGCCAGCAAUGUGGCCGGGUCGACCAAGAAGAUCACCGUGACUGCGAUCGGGACCAUUGCCUAUACUGUCGGCAACAUCAUCUCGCCUCAGACUUUCCAAGCCCGCGAUGCGCCUCGAUAUCUACCCGCCAAGAUCUCCAUCGUCAUUCUCUACUUCUUGAUCACGGUGGAUCUGUGGCUGAUCCGUCUCGUGUACGUCUAUCGAAACAAGAAGCGGGAUGCUGAGAAGGCCGAGAGAGGGCCGGAUUUCGUGUUGGAGAAGAAUCACGAAUUCCUCGACUUGACUGACAUCCAGAACACGGAAUUCAGAUAUUCUGUAUAG